CUUGUGGGAAAUCCUUGGGCUGACAAGAAACGAGUUUAGCUCGCGGAAACCCCCCAUGAUAGCGGUGGUAAGAAACAAUAUUGCUCACGCCAUCUCCACCCUCUUCUCUACCCAAAACAGACUCGUUUAUUUGUUUCCUGUACGUUUGAAUACCAGGGUCACGGCAAAUUAGAACGUCGGAUUUUCUCUUCAACUCUUAUAUAAUGUAACCUGAUUAGGCAAGACCAAGACGCGAAGGAACGUUUCUUGUAGCCUUACCGUUGGGGAUUAUCUGUCCCGGGUUGUUGAGUGGGAAACAAUUACCUACCUAUGCCCUCGCAAAAGUUUGGGCUGAGAUGACUUGAUCAGCCAUUUCCAUAGGGCGCCCGGAAGCGUCUUACACAACCCUCAAGUACAGGCCAAUUACCCGUAGACGGAGAGAACACUGUUCUUUUCACUUCUCGCCCCCCCAUAGAAUGGCAUCGAGUACAUAAUAGGGUAUUAAAAUGAAUAAAUUAGGAGCUGCGCUCCUAUUACUGUGGUCGCUUUGGUCGACAAUGGGAGCAGGACUCAGCGAUGCUACGCCUAAUACAGAGACGCCCAACAGGAGAGAGCAGGAGGACCGAUUGGAGAGGCCAAUGAGAUCGGAAUGGUCUAUAAUACAGAAUGAUGGAAAUGGCGAAGAUCGAAGAAGACAACACCAGCCGGCGUUGCUUACCCCAACCACAGUGGCCCUCUUUCUUCCAACAGAAACCACAUUGGCAGAUCGCCACCUCCAACAUCGCCAGGCCGAUGGGAGGGACAAUGGGGGUAAAGAGGUCGAUGACAGUCCCGACGACGACAAAACUCCUAAGUCGCCUGCCGACGUUGUAAGUCUCAUAUCUAGCAGGGUGUCAACCAGCGUAUCGAGCAGCGUGGCGGCCAGCGUGUCCGCCGCCUUUUCGACAUCGCUUGCGCAAGUCUCAGAAUCGGCAUCUAGUGCCAUCUCAUCCGCGCAUGAGGCAGCGCGCACUCUAGGACCGAUAUCACCUACAACAGGGGUUGACACACCAGCGACAACCGAUGUCUUAGUUACCUCGUCUCAACCUGCUAGCAUUUCUACCGAUAGCUUACCCGCAGUGGCUGCCACGACAGCGAAUGUAGCAAAUGCCCAGGAGAGCGCUGCCACGGCCAGCGCAAGUAGCGCCCCGACUCAAGGCUCAUCACUCACCCCAGGAGCCAUCGCGGGCCUAGUCAUAGGAAUCGCAAUCGCCUCAUCAUUGCUCUCAGCUGUGCUUACAUAUCUAUUCAUGCGCCGGCGCGCGAGACAACAAGAGCCUCAACCCAAAUUCGGACCCAGCUUGGCGCCACUACAACUCAGCCCUACCUCUGGGAGCCGUGGAUUUAUGAACCACUCCCAUUCCCACCCCCUCUCUAACGACCUCUCGCUGUUCCAGAUGACAUACACCUCCCCAACACCCACAAACCACAACCGAGCGGCCCACUUCAGCAGCGACUUCACGCCAGACGUGAAGCAGCGGUUCGCCCCGGCUUCCGCUCCAGUUUCGACAACAGAAUACCCAGCAAUGGCGCUAACCACACAGCACGCCACAAAGCUCUCCGCGCUCCCCGCAAAACGCACCUCGCGCGUGCGCUCCCGCCCGCGCCCUCUUUCCGACCCUUCCGUCGACGACGGCCUUGGCCCCGUAUUUCCCGUCUCGCCGCUAAGCUCCGAAGGCGACGGCCCAUACAGGAGUAGCAGCAUGCGCACGGACCGACGCCCGUCGCCGCUAAGCUACGAGGGCGGCGGCGGCGGCGGUACAAUCCCUUGCUCCACAUCAGCGCGGCUAUCCCUCGCGCGCCAGCAGAGUCUCAACGGCGGACAACGGGCGCAGCUCGUACGCGUGGGCAGUCAGCGGGGUCCGGAGAGGGAAAGACAAAGCGGUGGUGGUGGUGGUGGUGGUGGGCGUUUGGCUGCGCCGGACCAGGGGCACGGCGAGGGGUUGACUAGGUUGUACUCGUUCACGACGGAUACGAGCGAGAAUGGGAAUUCGACGGGCAGCGGUGAUGCGCAGCCGCAGCCGAGUUAUCUACAGCCGCGGCCGCUGGUCAAGUACGCGCUCUCGAGUAAUACCGGUAACUCCUCGCCCGGAUUACAGGUCCAGUCGCCGAUCCCGCGGCGGCCGGUCGAUCCGUAUUACAUCGAGAAGGGGGGCAAUUACUAUUAGGGACCGCGUGGCAACUGGAAUUGUCGGGAUGGUUGUUGGGGAUGAUUAUAUGAUAAUGAUGGGGGAAGAAAGGGGAGAGGAGAGAGCUCAAGUUGGCGCUGUUAAGGACGUGCUGAUUAGAAAAGCGCUCUGGUUGGCGUCUAAGAGCUUUAUAUCCGCCGACGAGUUGUCGGCGCUUGCGAUAUCUACUUUGUAAAUACCUGGUCUCAAACACAAGUCUGAGACUACAUAUAUAUACACUAUUUAUACCAUUCGAGCAACUCUAUCGCGUCCCAUUUCCCUAGAUUAUGAG